CAUUAAUGUACUGUCGUCCUCCAAGACGCCUCCAGGCCGAGGAUAUAUCAAGGUUGGGAUCUACACUGUCAAGAUUAUGCCUUCCUUACAUUUAUCUGUGAUCUCCCAACUCAAUACUCCGUACAUGUAGUAAUGAUCAGGAUCGCAGCCUUUCCGGCGGAUGGCGGAUGGCAGAUGGGCGUGUACUGGCGACUCCCAGGCACUAUACUGUGUAACAGGGUCACCUAAUGCCACCGUGUCGGCGCCUGAGACGUCCUCGUCGACGAUGCCAUUAUCACACAACUCUCCACGACCUCCAGAUGAUGUUCUCAGAGAUGCAGACUUGUGAGGUUGUGAGUCCCAUAUCAUCACAGACAAAGGCGCCUCAUGCAGUUGAGCUGCUUACGCAAGACUCUCGAAGCCCUCGAGGGCCUCUGUGGAUGCUGCCAAGGCUGGUUGACAUUUUUCGAGCUUCUCAACAUUGGGAUUCAUCACCCUUACCUACCUGAAGGUUGGCAAAUAUCACAAAUCCAGGGAGGAGUUGCGCUUGCAUGCUGUGUCUUCUGUCCCCGGCAUAACGGUACUGACUGAACUUGUGAAUGUCGAUACUCCUUGGUUGAUCAAACAGUCCUGUUGAAACCUGUGUCCGUCCCUAUUUUCAACACUGCGCAAGAGUGGGGGGGUUAUCAAGUUGACACUUUUCAAAGUUUCUCAAUCCGAGGUUUCAUUUUCAUCAGGAAGGAGCUGCAGCUCAGCAACUUUCUCAGGCGAAGGGAAGACACCAGGUCUAGUAUCAUACGAGUGUGCUGAGGAGCAAGUUCGUUUUCUCUCCGGAAAAUGUCAGCAAAAGACGCGGCGACGCCGCGGGUCUUCCUCAUACGCCAUGGCGAAACCGAGUGGUCCAAGAACGGUCGCUACACCGGCGUCACAGACCUCGCCUUGCUACCUGAAGGCGAAGACAAAGUCCGACAGACCGCCUCCGUGACAUUCGGCCCAGGCCGUCUGAUAGACCCUUCCAAGCUGGGCCUCAUCAUCUGCAGUCCUCGAAAACGUGCACAACAGACACUGAAGCUCUUCCUCGACCGGAUGACAUCGACACCCGACGCCGACGCUGGCCGUGUCAAGAGGACAGACCUUGAGUCGAAGACCAUCACGACCGAAGACCUAGCGGAAUGGGGCUAUGGCGAUUACGAGGGCCUGCUGACCGAUCAGAUCCGCGAGCUCCGCCGGUCGCGCGGUCUUGACGCGGCUCGACCGUGGAACGUCAUGCGCGAUGGCUGCGAUGGGCCUGGAGGCGAGUCGCCGGCCGAGGUGAUGCAGCGUCUCGACCGGAUCAUUUCGCGAAUCACGUCGCUGCACCAAACCGCGCUGGCAAAUGCAAAUGGUCAGGCGUGUGACAUCGUGCUGUUCGGACACGGGCAUAUCUUCAGAGCAUUCGUCAAGCGCUGGCUGGGGUUCAGCAUCGACGCCCCGGUCAAGCUGGAUUUCCAGUUCGAGCCCGGAAGCGUGUGCGGCUUGAGCUACGCGAACCGCGACGUCACGGACCGCGUUCUGCUUGCUGGGAUGAAACUUCCUGUGCCGCCGACGUCGGCAGAGUAGGACUCGUGAUUGGAUUGGAUUGGAUUUUUACUGUAGCACAUACAGUACAAUACAGUCCUCCGGCUACCUAGGUACCAUACCUUUACCCAAACACCACCACCGAAAUGAAGUUCAUGGGCCUAAAACCCCGACGACAGGAUCUGGAGGGCGACUCGAUAAGACCUCGCGGACCUCCCCCACUGCCAUGUCCAUGCUUAUUGUGCAUACACGAGGUCAGGCACACUUCCUUUUGGCUUGCGGUCUUCCGCCUCUGCUCGUGGAAAAGUUCCUUUGUCGAUUCUGGUCCGGCCUGCGACGACCUUACACCCAAUGCAGGUCUAUCCUAUCCUAUCCUAUCCUAU